GUCAUUUCCUCGAAAAAUGCGGCAACACCGACCGACGACGACGGGCGGCCCGCCGCCGCCGGGCUUCAACUUCAACUUGGACCAUGCGAUGGCAGGGAUGCAUCUCGGCCAUGGGCGCCCCGCGCCGCACCACGAGCCGCCGAUGAAGCUCGAGGUGGGCAUUGUCGUGCAGCCGACGACGACGCCAAACCAGUCGAUCCGCGUCGCCGUGACGCUUCCGGCGCAGCUCGUUGAGAAGGAGCUCUCGCUGGUCAUGGGCCUCUUCCGCGCCGGCCACGCCAACCAGAAUCGCCCGAUUUUCCUUCGCUCGCUGCAGUUUGAUUUGCGCAAGCGCCUCCCGCUGGUCACGACGCGCCUCCAGGUCAAGGCGCCCAAGACCAUUGGCGAGUUUGAGUUUCGCGCGUUCAACGAAGAUGCAGGUCCCGACAUCAUCUUUGCGUCGAGCGGUCCGCUCAAGGUGCUCGUCGAUGAAAAGUACUGGAACGAAGCGCUCGAGACGCUCGGCCAUCGCAUCGAAGCCGCCGCUGAGGCGCAGGACGUGGGCUUGAUCGUCUCGGCUGUCCUUGGGCUGCUGCGUGUGGUCGAAGUGCUGCCGACGGCGUUUCCGAGCCAAGCCAGCCUCUUUGGGAUGCACAUGGAGCACCUCCUCAGCCUCGUCUUUGAAGUUCAAACGUGGGACAUGGAGAACGAAGAGUCGCUGGACGGGUGGCACGGCGCGAUUCGCACGCUCCUGCAUGUGACCGAGACCAACCGCUACGUGUGGGAAAGCCUUGUUCCGUCGGUGCAAAAGCUCGUUGCCAUGUACCAGUCGCGCCUCUAUUGCGGGGUGAGCGACCGGUAUUUCGAGACGGUCGACGCCAAGCAAGAGUACUGGCAAGCCCAUUUGGGCCUACCCCUUCGCGACAGCGUCGCGCCGUGGGCACCGGGAUUUGAGCACGCACUCUCGACGUACUUGCAUGCCAAGAGCGAGGCGCUGAUCCCGAACGUGGCCGAGUUUACCGCGGUGCGUCAAUCGAUUUUCGAGCGCGUGAGCGGCGUUGUGAGCGCGCUGAGCUUUCAAGGCCACCGGGUGGGUCUGGAUGUGUUUGGGUCGUCCAACAACUUUUUUGGCACAAAAGACAGCGACAUGGACAUGUGCCUGGUGCUUCCGACCGGCGUUGAGCUUUCGCCGAUUCAAAAGCAAGAGAUGCUCAAGGCGUUGGUCGAGAAGCUCGACCCGGAGCUCUUCACCGACAUUGAUACGGGACGUCUCACGGCGCGCAUCCCGAUCGUCAUGUUCAAGGAUGCGACGUCGGGUAUCGACUGCGACAUUUGCGUGGAAAAUGCCCUGGCGCUGCGCAACACGCGGCUGCUGCGGACGUAUGCCCUUGCCGAUCCGCGCGUGCGUAUUCUGGCCUACUUUGUCAAGUAUUGGGUCAAGACGCGCGAAAUGAAUAACGCAGCGCAAGGCACGUUGAGCUCGUACGGCUACCUCCUCUUGCUCAUCCAUUAUCUCCAGCGCACGAGUCCGCCCGUGCUACCCGUGCUGCAGACGCUGCCGCCCCAGUGGCAAGGGGAAAUCUGGUGCCGCUGUUAUCGCGACGAGACAGAGACCACGACGGACCCGAGCGCGACGUGUCCCUACCGCCCCUGCAUGCUCAAGAGCCGCGACCAAGCUGACGGCCCGCGCCUGCCCCACGUGGCCUUUGGCGACGCGGAAACCUACUUUUUCGACCCGGUCCACGACGAGCACUGGCACGCGCUGCGCUCGUUUGGCGCGUGGAACCGCUCGAGCGUCGGGUCGCUCCUCCUCGGGUUUUUUAAGUACUAUGGCGACGUGGGCUUUGACUAUGCGCAUCACGUGGUCUCGGUGCGCAUGGGCCGGACGCUGCUCAAGGCCGAGAAGCCGCAGUGGAAGCAGCACCACCGUCUCGCGAUUGAAGAUCCGUUUGAGCUCGACUAUGACGUGGCCCACGUCGUCAAGGGCGCGCGGUUCAAGUAUGUUCGGCAGCAGCUCGCGCGCGCGUACUGGCUGUGCGUGCAGGCCAACAUGGAUGGCUAUGGCAUUGACGAGAUUAUGGACAUUCUCUGCGCGCCGAUCGAGCACAAGGACAAGGCCGCCGACGACGAAGCGGCGACCGACAAGUAGCUGUACAGAGCCAGAAUAAGCGCCAGAGGUCUUCUUCAAACCAUAAGAAACGAGUCGUUUGAAUCGUGUAUUCUGCAAUACAGCUCCUCCCGUACACUGA